CCAGACAGCACAGAGGAAGAAGCCCUGGGGAGCCUGCAGAUGGUGAAACCUCUCUGCUCAAUAAAGCCUCUGGCAGUGCAGCUGUGGCAGUGCCACACAUGGCUCUCAGUGUUAACAGCACCAGGAACACCAGCGAUGCUUGUGGUGCAUGGCUGUGUUCUUGUUGUAUGUAGGGGGAAAAAAACAUGGGAGAGCUUUGUUUGGUUUGUGGAUCUUCUGUCAAACUUAGAGUUGCUCAUGUUGUGUAAAUGGCACCAGGAUUACUGCUAGGCCUUCACAGCUGCUUUUUUAUGCUAGAUCUGAGAGUGGGUGGGGAAUUGUUAAUGUUAGUGAGGCCACAGCUGUGGACAAAAGCAACUUUUAAGUUUUCUUGUUUAAUGGCUGUGUUGCCAGAAGCCUGAUCUUGAAGACUCAUCCUGAGACCUGUGGGCUGUUCUGGGGACUGCUGUGUAGACUUUAAACACCUACUGUUUGAAGUGAACAUGGCAAAAUGUUUUUAACAAGAGCUUUACAUUACUACUAGGUGGAGUAAUUGCUGGAGAAGGCAGGGGACCUGCUGCAGGGUUGUCUUUAUUUUCAGGGAAGGGUGAUCAUUAAAAUGAUGGCUAUUUAGGUGUUUUGUUUGAUAACUAUCUUAACUAUAGAAAGAAAUGUACCUCUGUCUUAGAAUGCUUCAGUGUUCAGAAAUGUAGAAGGCAUUUUAAAUUCCCCUGAAUUAAUAAAUUAAAAAACAAUCUCACUCCCAAACCUUAACCUCAAAUCAACCUUUUAGAAAUUCAUAGUACACUCUAAGAGGUCUGAUUGCUUCAGCACAUCGAGAACAAUCUGAUAUUGACAUACUAUGUUUGACAACUAAGUACAACCCGAUUCUUAAUUGCUGAUUGCUUUAGGAAGUGAUAUCUAGGAUGUCUGUAUUUGAUUUUGUGGUGCCAAUUUCCAUGUUUUGGGUAAGAUCUCUUCACGUUGCUGCUGCAUAACAAACAUUUUUCUAGUGAUGUGUAACCUAUCAUAAAUCUCUGACUUGUGAUAGGAAAUAUUGGAGAGUUUCCCCCCAGAACUGUUUUUUUCUUACCUUUGCUGUUUGUAGCUCGCAAGGCAUCUUGCACAGUAAUAAUGCCAAGGCAUUGUGCUGCACAAUGCUCAGCUGUACUGCUUAACAUUGUCAUCUGCCUCUGCAUAGAGGAGAGCUACAACUGAAGUAAUGGAUGCCUGAAUAGAGGAAAAAAAAAAGUAAUAUGUACCUUAUUUAGUUAGCUUUAGAACAGCUGACUCUGCUUAACAUUUGGAUAGGAGAUAAGCAACUUCUUUUGUCCUGCACUGCAGACUGUUAUUUGAAAGAAAUCUUAAAAUAGGGCUAAUUCUAACAGAAGAAAAAAGCACAAAUACCUAUUUCUGAAGAGCCUCCGGGUAUGUGUUACUUCCUCUCAUGGAAUCAAUCAGCUUUGGAGAUCAUUCUUGGUUGGCUGCUCGCCUCAGCCCAGUGUAGUGCAUUGCUUCUGUUUUGUCCUUGGAGUCAAGAUGUUUCAAAUGAAAAAAUGAGGCCAGAAUCCAUGUGAGAUCCCUGAUUGUAAGAACAUCAUCAAAUGCCAUAUUAAUCAGAACGUUGCUAGCCUCUAUGCUCUGUUUGAGCCAAAAAAUAUACUUAAUGUGUUCGUAUGAAACUAACUUGUGUAGCUGAAUACCAUAAGCAAUCUUCGUAAAGGCAAAAUAAUUCUUUCCAGAAUCAAUUGUUUCACUGAUACCAAUUUACUUGUGUGUAGAGCUAAAUGUAUUACAAACUUUGUUAAUGGAUUUGGCAUAACAAAUGAGAACUUGGUGUAAAAGUCAUACUAAUACCUGCUGGACUUAAGAGUUUCUCUUAUGGAUGUAUCUGUGUCAUGGGAGCUCAUAGAAAAGCUUUGCAGCAGCUUGAAUGUGAAGUUCUUGAAAACAUCCUGAGACAUAAUUCUUACCAUCUCCCUGCAAGGCCUCAGUAGAAGUGACUUCUGAUAGUGGCGCAGCGUUAGGGGAUUUUUAUCACUAGAAUUCGUAUCAUAGAACUUAAGACAUUCAUCUCUAUCCUUUUUCUAUGUUAAAAUCGUAAAUACACUGGAAUAGUAAUAUAAGGAUUCCCAAGUCUCAAACCAUGAUCAAAACACCACUGUUUAAUUUCCUAAGAAGUCUCUUGUAUUAACAAAGAGCCACAACCAUGAUCACAGUACUCUACCUAGAUCUACAGAGCUGCUAGUACAACUGAAUAAUGUGGCUUUCACAUUUAUCCCAUUUUUUUAUGGACAUGUCAGCUUUGGAGGAAAACCUGUUACAAACAAGUACUUUGCUUAAAGUCCUAUGUGUUGGAGCGCUCGUGGGCCUGUCAAUAGCAGCAGUGGUCCUGUUUGCUUUUAUCAUCACUGUGUGUGUUCUCUGUUACUUGUUUAUCAGCACAAAGCCUCGCAGCAAGCUGGAUACUGGCUUACACUUACAGAUGGCAGUGAGGCUAGAGGGAGUUCUAUAUGUUAAAAAAUACAAGUACUGGAUGGAUUCUACCAGUGCUGUAUGGAAGCAGGUACAGAACUGCAUUUUUCAUGAGGUCCCCACCGAAGUAAGCUGUUGGCAGAACAAACUGGAUUCGAAAGAUUUUCUAAGCCUCAAGGGUGGACCAAGACCCACAAAACCUAACCAACUCUUUCAGAGUUGUUUCCUGGUUCCUACAACCACAACUGAUAACCAGAGGCCAACCUGAAGCUGCGCUUGGAUAUGUAUUUUUAUAUGGCUACUGUACUGGGAAGUGUAUAUUUUGAUUUGCACAUACCAGCUAUGGCUGCUGUGUGCAAUUAUGUGAAUUAUGUUGUCUUAUCCUGUGCAAUUCCAAUGUGAUAACAGUUAUUAGGCAGAGCAUAAUUUGGUAUACCAUGUUGACCAAGCUUUGUUUCAAGCUGUUCCUGUGUGCCAUUUUAAUGUGGUGUCCUCACAUCAUUAAUAUGAUCUACUUAACCAAAUGUGAUGGCUUGGUACACAAAAAUGUGAGUGCAGUACCUCAAUAAAAUCAGGCUUUUGCUUGUGUUGCAUUUUUCUUAAUUUAUCAUUUUUCCCCAACUUUAUUUCCUCAAAGUUAUCAUGGAUCUUAGAAUUAUUUUGAUGGGAAAAUUUCCCUACCAAAUGAAGUUAGUCAAAAAGUGCCAGUCAAAGAGCAGAAGGAAAAAUGAUUUUUGCCAGUUUAUUUUAAUUUUGCCAUCUGGUUUCCUUUGAGGAUUCAGCCUUGAGAUUCACAUAGACAUGAGAAAUGUAUUCUUCAUUUUAAACCACCAGUAAAUGAUUUUUAGAAUAAAGAGGAUUCAAGUUUUUUAAACUUCAUACAAACUCAAACUAGUUAGUGAACUAGCAGUCUUGUAGUUCUUAAAUUGUGAAGUGAUAAGAUAUUUUGUGUUGCAGAUCAAAAUAUUUAUCUUUUUGUCUCCAGGGCAAUUUCUGAAUCUUUGAUUUCUCAUAAGAUCAUCCCUUGGAUACUGAGCUUCUUAUUCAUUUUAAGUGUUUUAAGAUACCAAAGUAACAAAUUGUAAAACCAGAAGGCAAAAAACAAACAAAAAAAAGCUAGUGUUUUGCUUACUUCUAAUGCCUGUUUUUUUUUUUUUUUUUUUUUUCUGUUUUUCUCUUAGGAAAAUCAAUCUAUUAGCUAGCUAGCUUGUAAUUAAGGGUCUCUAAAUACCACUAAGAAGUACCUCCCACACUGGUUUCAUUAGGUGAUUCAGUGUGUUGUCCAUAAUUGCUUUCAAACGUGCAAUCACAACAAAGGUGUCUCCCUGUGCUUUACAGACAUAAGGCUUAAUGUACUUGUUAGGCAUAGCCCUGUUUUUUGCCCUGGGAGCAUUUCAAGGAGCAUUUUAAGCUUGUUUAAAUGACUGCAGUAAAGCAAACUCGAGGCUAUUCUGUUACCAUUACGUAUACCAAUGUUAAUAAAAAGAACUUGCAAGA